UAUAAAGCAGAGGAGAAACUCAACAGAAACAUCAGAAAGACUUCAGACCAUCAAGACAUGAAGGCACACAUCUACAACAUGCUCUGGAUCAUCGGUUGUUUUGCAUUGGUGGCCUCCGCUCCCACUGUUGACCCAAAGGAGAAUUUAAAUUCUAUUAUGGUUUCUGGUGGAGGAGAUGCAUUGUCUGUUUGGCCCUGGCAGGUCUCUAUCCAGACAUCCAAAGGGGUUAAUUUCUGUGGAGGAACUCUGAUCACCGAGAACUGGAUCCUCACUGCUGCACAUUGCCCUGUUAAAGCUGGAUAUCACUAUGUUGUGCUUGGAGAGCAUGACCGCGGCUCUAAUGAUGAAGCCGUUCAGAUCAAGAAAAUUUCCGAGGUCAUUCGUCAUCCUCGCUUCAACAAAAAGAACUUUAACAAUGAUGUUGCACUGCUGAAAUUGUCCUCUCCAGCACAGAUAACGUCCCGUGUCUCUCCUGUAAAUCUGGUUUCCUCCUCCACCAACAUCCCUUCUGGAACCCUUUGUGUCACCACUGGUUGGGGCAGAACCGCGACCGGUCAAGGUCCUCGUAUCCUGCAGGAGACCACUUUGCCCAUAGUGAGUACUGCUGAGUGCAAGCAGUACUGGGGUCUGACAAGAUCGAUUACAGAUUCCAUGAUUUGUGCCGGAGGUUCUGGAUCUUCAUCCUGCCAGGGUGAUUCUGGUGGUCCUCUGGUGUGCGACAGCAAAGGUGUUUGGUAUCAGGUGGGCAUUGUUUCAUGGGGAACAAAGGAAUGCAAAGUUAAUGCUCCAGGAGUCUACUCUCGUGUGUCUUUCCUCCGCCAAUGGAUUGAUGAUACUGUCCCAUCCUUAUACAACCUCGAUUGAAAUGACUAGCAGCACUUUUUAACUUAUGUAUUGAAGGAUUUUAACUUUGAAAGAAUAUUGUACUUUUAAUGUAAAUUAUUUGCUAAUUUGCUGCACUUAAGUCACAGACAUACUUGGUGAAGUUUUUUACAACUUGUUCAUUAAGUGACUACAUUUUAUAAUAACAUAUAUGUGUGCUACCUCAAUGAGUUUUAAAACACAUUAUUUUGUAAUCCAAUUCUUAAUGUUUAAUUUAUAAGUCAAAUCUUUAAUAAAGCAUGUAGGAACUUGA